AAAGAGGGCAGGUCGUUCAAGGUCGAAUUUUGUUUUGUAUUUGUAUUUCCCCAUUCGAUCGAGAGUCCUUGGAGUGCCAGAACACUUGUCAAUCGUUAUCGCGCUCGGCCUGUCGUAAAAAUCCGAGGCCGGUUGUGGAAAUUACACAAAAAAAUGAAAGAUGCUGUUUUGUCGGUCCGGACAGAAGAGGCGAGGCGGAAAGGUGUCUCGCCCACGACCCUCAACUCCCUAUCGAAUCACGGAAGGAAAACAGACACCGAGAAAUCCAAGGCAUUCAGGUACCACAAAGUGUUGAUGAAGUGGGAUCGAGACGGGAGCCGGAGACACAUCGCUGCGGUCACCGUCCUCGAUCCGGCGGUCGCCGUCCUCCAUCCGGCGACCACCGUCCUCGAUCCGACGAUGGACGAAGAACUCGAGGACCGUCUCUUCCUCACCGAAUUUCACGAAUCCGAAACCUCCCGGAAUCUGAGGAGGGAAAUGCGUCUGUUGCAAGAGACCCUGGCUCGUUGGAUGGAGAACAAAUGAUGGAUAAAUGGCGCAAUCGAGGUCAAUACUGGAAUGAAUCAUGCAAGUACUACUCCCUCUCUUCGAUCGCC